GAGACUGCGAUAGUUUAUUAGAAUCGUCCUGACCCACGUGAUUUCUGAAACGAUGAACCUCGGCGGCGGAUUCAACUUCAAGGGAUUCGGGACGCCCACGACAAAUGCUCCUGGAGCCACAGCAGCCACACCGGCUGCUGGGGCGACUGCCUCCCCAGCAACUGGCUUCAACUUUGGGGGAACAACAUCAACUCCAUCCCUAGGGGGCCUGGCUGGAGCAGCUGCCUCCCCUUUGACAGGGUUUGGUACACCUGCAUCAACCAAACCUCCAAGUCUGCUGUCUCAAACCUUAGGAGCUAGUACAGCAAAAACUACUGCUGCUGGAGGUGGCUUUUCUUUUGGUGGUGCGGCCACUCCAGCAGCGACCACAGCCGCUCCCUCCCUCCUAGGCACCCCUGGGGGAUUACUAGGAUCUGCAACUUCUGGUGGAUUAGGGACAGGAACACUUGGUGGAACACUUGGUGGAACACUUGGUGUUCCACUUGGUGGAACACUUGGUGGAACACCUGGGACAUUGGGGUCUGGAAAUCUUUUUGGGACAGCUUCUGCAGCUAAGACACAAGCCACUACUGGCUUUAGUUUGGGUACCACCACGACAGCAGGGGCAACAGGUGGUCUCGCAUUACCUGGACUUGGAGGAGUCAAACCCAGCACUGCCACCACAGCAGCUGUAGCUCCUACAAGUAGUCUACAGACAGGAUUCAAUUUUGGUAACAAAACCACAGCUGCAGGUACAACAGGAAGUACCACUUCUGGGUUUGGUACAUUGGGUGCUGUAGGCUUGGGUGGUAAGACCACUACUGGCCUUGGGGGUGCUGCGGCGGCACCGAGUGUGGGAGGUGCAGGCACUAGCAUUUUCAGCAACAUCUCAACCAAACCACAGACAACAGGGCUUGGUGGAGUUGACCCCAAAACAUCACAAGCUGCUACAGGUGUAACAGCAACAGACUCUAAACCUGGGGAUGGCAAGGCUCUGAAGAAGACAUUUAUCCCUCAGCCCAUUGUGGAAACAGUGGAGGAAUUUAAGAAGUAUGUUAAAGAGGAAAAGUCCGUCCAAGAUGGACUAGCUAGGAUGUCCUCCAAGCCUAUGUAUAAGGUCCAGGAAGAUGUGAUGGCAUUAAAACAGCUUCUAUCUGUUGUAUCAAAUGGUGUUCAGCGGAACACUUGUGCAGUGGAAAAAUUGAAAAGGGAAAUGACACAGGAACUUAAGCACGCUGAGAUGGCUCAACGUACAAAGGAUAUCCCUCCUGGUCUGCAGUACGAGAACACUGCUCCGACAGAAUAUUUCCAGCACCUUGUGGAGGACUUUGAGCAUCAAAUGCUACAGUAUCGACAACAAAUUGAAACUCUGGAGGGACACCUUGCUUCCCUACAUCAACCUAGUAAACUGUCACCGGAGGAGUUGAUUGUGUUGAUGAGGAAGUUACAUGAAGCAUUCAUUGCUUUAGCAGCACAGCUUCACCAUGUACAUGAGGCAGUCAAGACACAGAAAGAUCACUAUCUCAACUACAGAAAGAUUUACCUCCAUGACAAUAAGAAUAUCUUUGAUCGUGAGAAAAAAGCAACAUCGCAUGCACAUCUCCACCCCACCACGCAAAUUGGUCCAAGCCCCUUCUCCGACAUGUCCAACGCUGCUGCAAUCGCCAUGGCAUCUGCCUUAUCAAGGUCACAGCAGCCUACAGUAGCUGGGCCACCUGUGGCUGGACUUGCAGGAACAGGGGGAUUCUUUUCCAACACUACCACAACCACUGCCUCUGGGUUUGGAUUUGGGACCAACACAGGGACACAGUCUACUGCCGUGCCAGGAUUCGGAUUUGGUACAACACCAUCAGCAUCAUCUUUUGGACUUCUAGGCUCAAAAGGCUUUGGGGCCGCUGCCACGACUACUGUAGCUACCACUGGUAUUGGUGGCUCGCUGUUUGGUGGCUCCACUUUUGGCGGUACCAAUGUGACAGGGGGCACUGCCACCGUCAGACCUCUAGGUUAGUGGUGGUUUUGGGACGGCCACUCAGCCACUUGGAGGGUCCACAGGAUUUAACCUCAGUACCACUCAGCAGACUCCUGGCUUAACUUUUGGGAGCACACCAGCCUUUGGUGUGGCAGCACCAAACGCCGAGGCCCCUUUCCAACUCAAUAAACCUCCUCCUCCAGGCAGUAAGCGAGGGAAAAGAUGAGGAUGAUAUAGGAAAUGCCUUAAUCUGGACAAUGAAGUGAACUUUGAACUUUGUAUACAGGUUGAAUUAUGUAGUGAUAAGUUAUUAUUGCCGUCAAAGUCAAGAAGUUAGAAAUUCGUUUUCAGGAGAAGUCAUGCAGCAUAUGUGCACUGUCCUGCAGAACAAAUAUGUUUUCUUCACAUAUGAUAGAAAUAACAUGUACACUACAUUCAAGUUGUAUACUAUGGAAGAUGUGCGUUAUGUUGUAAAAGCUAAACAUUGGUUAUAUGAUUAUUGAAGUUGCUAUAUAUUGUGUAAAUAAAAAUGAUAUAAUG